AUGAGUUACAUACACACCCUAGCAACACAUAGCCUCCGUGAACAUUUGGUACCAUAGUAAAUUCGCUUCAAACAAAUAAAACAGCUGGCACAUAUUGAAACUGAGGAAAAGAGACACAAUGCAGGCAGAUGAUGUCAGAUAUUUAAAAAGGAAAGUCAAGGGAGGCAGUUUGGAUGUCCAUCCUACAGAGAAAGCCCUUAUUGUCCAGUAUGAAGUUGAAGCGACUAUUAUGGGAGAAAUGGGAGGCCCAAUGCUUGGAGAACGCAAGGCGUGCCAGAAAAUCGUUCGUCUGAAAAGCCUUAAUUCCAGCACAGAUAUUGGGUCAUUAGCUCGUAAAGUGGUGGAGGAAUGCAGGCUCAUUUCACCAUCCAAGAUCCCGGAAGUGGAACGACUGCUGUUCUACUUGCAGAACCGCAAGUCACCUACAGAGAAAAAAGAGAAGAAGCAGAUAAAGCCAAGAGAUCCUGCUCCGUUUGAAGGCAUGGAGCUGGACGAGGAGGCCAAUAUUAACAGCAUCGACGAUUACGUGGAGCUGCUGUAUGAGGACGUUCCAGAGAAAAUCCGAGGAGCCACGCUUAUUCUGCAGCUGGCCCGUAAUCCUGACAACCUGGAGGAGUUGCUUCAGAAUGAGACGGCUCUGGGAGCCCUGGCCCGUGUACUGAGGGAGGACUGGAAGCAGAGCGUCGACUUGGCGACUACCAUCAUCUACGUCUUCUUUUGUUUCUCCAAUUUCAUCCAGUUCCACGCACUGAUCACUCACUAUAAGAUCGGAGCUCUCUGCAUGAACAUCAUGGAGCAUGAGUUGAAGAGGUACGACCUGUGGCAGGAGGAGCUGCAGAAGAAGAAGAGAGCUGAGAUCCUUUCUGCAGGUCUGGUCAAAGACCCAGAGAACCAAAAUCUGAAGAAAGAGUAUGAGAAAGCGCUGAAGAAGUAUCACGGCCUGCUGAUCAAGCAGGAACAGUUGCUGAGAGUGUCUCUGUAUCUACUGCUGAACCUGUCUGAGGACACUCGCAUAGAGCUGAAGAUGAGGAACAAAAAUAUAGUGCACCUGCUGGUGAAAACCCUGGACCGGGAAAGCGAGGAGCUCCUGGUGCUCGUCGUGUCAUUUCUCAAGAAGCUCAGCAUUUUUCUGGAGAACAAGAACGAUAUGGCUGAAACGGACACUGUGGAGAAGUUGGCCAAGCUCGUCCCUUGUGAUCAUGAGGAUCUGCUGAACGUCACUCUGCGUCUCCUCCUCAACCUCUCGUUCGACACGGGCCUCCGCAGCAAGAUGGUGCAGGCGGGCCUUCUGCCCAAACUCACCACCCUGCUAGGAAAUGAAGCACAGAAGCAUUUAGCCAUGCGUAUACUGUACCAUAUUAGCAUGGAUGACUGCUUCAAGUCCAUGUUCGCCUACACAGACUGUAUUCCACAGGUGAUGAAGAUGUUGUUUGAUUGUGGUGAAGAGAGGAUAGACCUGGAGCUCAUCUCCUUCUGCAUCAACCUGGCAGCCAACAAGAGAAAUGUACAGCUCGUUUGUGAAGGUAAUGGACUGAAGAUGCUGAUGAAGAGAGCGUUCAAGCUGAAGGAUCCACUGAUGAUGAAAAUGAUCCGGAACAUCUCCCAGCACGAUGGACCUUCCAAGAACUUAUUCAUUGAUUAUGUUGGAGACUUUGCAGCUCAGAUUGGUCAGAACGAGGACGAGGAAUUCAUGAUCGAGUGUUUGGGCACACUGGCUAACCUCACCAUCCCUGAUCUGGACUGGGAGCUGGUGCUUAAAGAAUACAACCUUGUACCCUUCCUCAAAGACCACCUCAAACCUGGUUCUGCAGAAGAUGACCUUGUGCUGGAGGUGGUGAUAUUGAUUGGCACGGUCUCUAUGGACGACUCCUGCGCUGCCAUGUUAGCCAAGUCAGGCAUCAUCCCUGCUCUUAUAGAGCUGCUCAACGCCCAACAGGAGGAUGAUGAAUUUGUUUGUCAAAUCGUAUACGUCUUCUACCAGAUGGUGUUUCACCAGGCCACUCGAGACGUCAUUAUAAAGGAGACCCAAGCUCCAGCUUACCUCAUCGACCUGAUGCACGACAAGAACGCUGAAAUCUGCAAAGUGUGUGAUAACACACUGGAUAUUAUAGCUGAGUAUGAUGAAGAAUGGGGGAGGAAGAUCCAGAACGAGAAGUUCCGCUGGCACAACUCGCAAUGGCUGGAGAUGGUUGAGAAUCGUCAGAUGGACGAAGUGGAGCCCUUCUUGUACGGCGAUGAAGGAGAUUCCUUUUUACAGGGAGCGGACAUUCUGGAGCGGCCCGACCUCUUCUACAGUGCAGAUGGAUUAAUCUCUGCAGAUGCUGCCAUAAGUCCAGACUUCUUUACAGAGUUUCAAAAUGGAGACUAUGUCACAUCACCAGGCUUCCCUGGCAGUGCUGUCUCGGAGAGAUAUGGUCAGGGUUCAGGGGGACCCAUGCGGCCUGCUACAGCCUACGGCUUCCGGCCCGAUGAGCAACACUACUACGGCUACUCUUCACAGUAGAGCAGUAGGAGUACAGUAAUGCGUACCACCAUUAACGUUGCAUUUACUCAUUCUCUUUUAAGCAGAGUCAACACUACUAAUGUUAUUUAUUUGCUCCAUUUUAAAUGUCACUCUUUUUCUGAAAUAUGACUUCAUGAAGUCUAAGUAUUUAUAAGCAUACUCGCUUAUCAAUCUGUAGUACAGAUUUAGUCUGUCCUUUAAUCUACAGCGCGUUUGUUAUAAUUGACAAACCCGAAGGCACUACAUGUACCCAGAUUUCAGGAGCCUUCUAAAACAGUUUUUGCAUGACGUAUUAAACAUGUAGCUUGGUUUUGAGGUCCAGUUCAUUGCAAUUACACUACCGUUCAAAAGUUUGGGGUCACCCAGACAAUUUUGUGUUUUCCAUGAAAAGUCACACUUUUAUUUACCACCAUAAGUUGUAAAAUGAAUAGAAAAUAUAGUCAAGCCAUUUUUCUGGCCAUUUUGAGCAUUUAAUCGACCCCACAAAUGUGAUGCUCCAGAAACUCAAUCUGCUCAAAGGAAGGUCAGUUUUAUAGCUUCUCUAAAGAGCUCAACUGUUUUCAGCUGUGCUAACAUGAUUGUACAAGGGUUUUCUAAUCAUCCAUUAGCCUUCUGAGGCAAUGAGCAAACACAUUGUACCAUUAGAACACUGGAGUGAUAGUUGAUGGAAAUGGGCCUCUAUGGAGCACUUGCAUGUGAUGUCACAGCCGAUCCAGAUUGUGACAGAUGCCAUCUUGUCGGUCAAACGCCAUUUUCCGCCAUGGUUCUACUUCUGCUUCUACUUCUACCUUUUCUUCUGGAAAACCCUACUAUAUAUACAAUUCUACUACAACGGCUGCGGCUACAAGCUCUCCCUACCUGUGCACGUUUUUUAUGUUUUUUGUGUGUAUUUUUGCGUGUUGUUCGUCUGUACCAGACUUCAAUAUCCACUACAACCUUAUGGACUUACUGGACAUUGGUUUCCAGCAGAAAAUGACGGUUUGUAGCGAUUUCCAUCGCAUGCACAACAUUCCAGACGAGAUAGCGAGACCAGCGGGGUCUCCGUGGAUUGUUAUUGGAAGCAAAGCGAAGGAGGCGGCGUCGGGAGCGGAAGCAAAAGCGAGGCUGCAGAGCCGGCCUGUUGACUAAGCUCAGAAAACAGCCACUCAAACCUCCACUGCCAAGCCUCUACCUCUCCAACGCCAGAUCCACGGUAAACAAGAUGGACAAUUUGGAAUUACAGCUGGAAUUACCUUAUUCUAUUCUAUAAUCGGCUGGUCAGUGCUAUACUCAAUACUUAAGUGACUUACCCGUCCAAUGAUAAUUAUUUUCUUGUUUACAAGAUGCCACAUCUGAGUCGCUGACAAAUCCUGAAUUUCUGUAAAGAUAACUGUCCAGAGAUUUAUAAGCACGCAGUGCUUCACCACUGAACAGCAAGGGAAAGUUAAUGAGGUAAUUAUACACGUCUGGGUAUUCCGCUGGCAGCUCAACAUCCACUGACAGAGUUGUAAAAACUCCAUCCGGUAAGCCAUAAGGGUCACUAAUCUGUAGAUCGUUUAUUUUAAACAUAUCUAGUUAUCUGUUCAUUAGAAAAAUGAGCCGUGUAGUCCGUCGGUUGAAAUUGAUCCAUUCUGUACAUGAGUGCAGCAGUAUUCAGCUGUGUUUUUUACCAACAAAAUGGCGGCUGUGUACUUUCCGGUCACGUGACUGCAAGAUCUCUAUACACCUAUGUAGAUAUUGCACCAAAAACCAGACAUUUGCAGCUAGAAUAGUCAUUUACCACAUUAGCAAUGUAUAGAGUGGAUUUCUGAUUAGUUUAAAGUGAUAUUUAUUGAAAAGAACAGUGCUUUUCUUUCAAAAAUAAGGACAUUUCAAAGUGACCCCAAACUUUUGAACGGUAGUUUAUAGCAAAGGUGUUAUUUCUUGAAUUCAUUGCAUGAUGGAGGACAGUGUAGGUUAGUUGCACACUUCAGUCUGCUCAUAGAGAACUUCAUCCAUCACUGAAGCACACACACACACGCGCUAAAACACUCAGGCAUUUCAGACACUUUUCAAGGUGAGAAUAUUUGACAUUACAGUAGAUAAGUUCUUGAGUUUAUUUAUUGAAUUAUGGAAAAAAAAUCUUGUAAUGCUUUUUAUCUGUCUCUCAUGACCAGCUGCCCGGCAGCUUACGAUUGUGCACUGUUUAAUGUUGUUGUUUUUUUUUCUUUUCUAAAUGAAACAUUUUUUUGUAUGUGUAAAAUCAAAUUCUAUUCAAUUUUUUUUUAUAUUGUCAAUUUUUUAUAUUGUCCGUUUACAACAAAUCAUGCUUUGUCUUUUGGUGCCUGUGAUUGUCUUAACUGCUGUUUUAUACAAGAUGCCUAUUAUUUCUGUGGUGCAAUAUUAAAUCAAACAAAUAUGAACAGAA